AUGGGCAUCGUGGGGCGGCAAGAUGCCACCUCCUCGACGACACCGGCGGCCAACUACGCCAGCAUACAGGCCGUGGUGGCCUGCACCAUCGUGAUGAGCAUAUUGUCGACGUUUAUGGUUGGGGCACGAAUGGCAAUACGAUGGUCGCGAACUCACUUGGACUUGGAAGAUUGGUUUAUUAUAGCAUGCAUGCCAUUUAUGUAUGCUAUCGCAGCAGCGGCAUUGAUAGCUGUCUAUCGAGGUGGCUUGGGAUAUUCCGUCAUGUACCUCUAUCUUAAAGAUCAGAACAUCAUUGUGAUUUCCAUGCAGUGCUUGAUGGCCAUGGAAGUUUUAUAUGCGAUCCUUAUUACCCUCGUCAAACUAUCAGUCCUCGUCAUGUACCGACGUGUGUUCCCAACGACCUUGGUGCUUCGAGGCACAUAUGUUCUAGGCGCCUUAUCGGUAGCUUGGUGGAUUGCCGUUAUCCUCGUGACAUUCUUGCAGUGCACACCCCUGAACGGCAUGUGGGAACUUUUCACCGUCAAAACGACAUGUAUGGACAAAUUGGGCUUGUUCAUAGGGAACGCCAUACCCAACUUGAGCAUCGACGUCCUUAUUAUAGCAUUGCCUUUGUACGAGGUGGCAAGAUUGCAAAUGGCAAGAGUAAAAAAGAUCGGUAUUCUGUCGAUCUUCCUACUCGGUGGCGUUACCGUUGUGAUUGGUGGACUACGGCUGUCGAGUGGUCUGGAUCUCCUGAGUGACCCGAAUUCAGACUACACGCUCAUGGUCGGUCCUCUCUGGGCUUGGACAGUCGUCGAGCCGGCCAUGGGCAUAGUCUGCGCUUGCCUUCCCACAGUAGGAGGGCCCAUAGUAGGCAUGAUAGUAAAAACAAUCACCACCUCAAAACACUCUGAGCCGUUAGAGUCGACACGCAAGAACAAAAGGAGCAGCAAAGUUAUACAUAUUGUCGGGGGCAGCUCCUCGAGGGGAAUCAACAGAGCUGCAUUUUCCUCAAAAUCCAAGAGCGGCGAAAGUAGCGCGGGGUCUUUUGAAAGAUUAAACGACUCGGGCGGCGAAACAUCACCAACGAAUUUAUGGCCAAAGGGGUACCGCGGAGACCGAGACGUGACAGUCAGCGGCAGACGAGCAUCUGGCGAACGCACCGAAGAUAUCCCAUUGACGAGUAUAACGGUCAGGCAAGAAAUGAGCUGGACCGAAAGCAAAGCGGCUGUAGAAUAUGAGACUACAUAG